AUGCCCACUUUUUCAUUUCUGACUACCACUGCAGCAGCAGCAGUAGCUCUGCUGGCAUGCGUUGGCAGCACUGUUUCUGCUGAGCCAAACUUUGUCAAACAAAGCGUCGAAGGUUUGACUACUUCUUGGCACAACGUCCAUGAUAUCGUCGAGGAUGGUGUCAAGGACUGGCUCCCAAAACUCCCGUUGCCGAUUUCCGGAGAGCAGGACGGUUUCAAGGCCUUCUCGCACCCAGCUUUCCCUGAAUAUGCUAUGCGCUAUAAACAACCCGCUCUCUGCGACCCCAACGUCAAGCAGAUCACCGGCUAUCUCGACGUUCAGCAGGAUAAGCACUUUUUCUUCUGGUUCUUCGAGUCACGAAACAAGCCUGAAACAGAUCCGCUUGUCUUGUGGCUGAAUGGCGGUCCAGGCUGCUCAUCUUUGACCGGUUUGUUUAUGGAGUUGGGACCAUGCGUUGUUAACGAAGCAGGUGACGACACAACCAUCAACGAAUUCUCCUGGAACAACAAUGCAAGCGUCAUCUUUCUGGAUCAGCCUCUUAACGUUGGCUAUUCAUACGGUAGCGGUGGUGCGUCCGACACAGUUGCUGCUGCAAAGGAUGUCUACGCUUUCCUGCAACUGUUCUUCAAAGAAUUCUCAGAGUACUCGGCGUUGGAUUUCCAUAUCGCUGGCGAGUCAUAUGCUGGCCACUACAUUCCUGCAAUCGGCGGUGAAUUGAAUCGUAACAACAAGGGCAAGUUCGCUGCUGCUGGCCUCGAAGCAUACGCAUCGACCCUCUCCACUAUCAACCUGAAAAGUCUGUUGAUCGGUAAUGGCUUGACUGACCCGCUUAUCCAGUACAAAUACUAUUCCAAAAUGGCCUGCGAUAACUCGUACGGCAGUGUUCUUCCCCAAUCAACUUGUGAUGCGAUGGAUCGCCAGUACCCUGCAUGCGCUACUUUAAUCAAAAACUGCUAUGACACUCAGAGCGUAUGGCAGUGCCUUCCUGCUGCUAUGAAGUGCAACAAGGACCAGAUCCAGCCUUAUCAGCAAACCGGUAUGAACCCCUAUGACGUGCGUGAGAAGUGCAAAGGCGGCAACUUGUGCUAUGAGAUUCUCGGAAGUGUUCAAAAGUACUUGAACCGCGACGACGUCAAAAAGGCCGUGGGUGCUGGUGUGUCCGAAUAUGAAAGUUGCAACAUGCAGAUUAACUUCCGAUUUAACAUGGCUGGUGACUGGAUGCGCCCCUAUGUCGAAGAAAUCCCUCCUAUGCUCGAAGAUGGCGUUCGCAUCUUGAUCUACGCUGGUGACGCCGACUUUAUCUGCAACUGGAUGGGCAAUAAAGCAUGGACCGUCGAGUUGCCAUGGAGUGGUGGUAAGGAGUUUGCUGCUGCCGAAGACACCAAAUGGAUCUCCAAGAUUACUGGCAAGGAGGCAGGUGAGCUCCGCAAGACUGAAGACGACCGGUUCGCGUUCUUGCGAGUGUACGGUGCUGGACACAUGGUUCCCUACGAUCAGCCCGAAUCCGCUCUCGAUAUGUUGAAUGACUGGCUUGCUGGAAAUCUCGAGUAG